AUGCCAAUUCCAACUAUAAAUAAAUUACCUUCAGGAGGAAUUCUUUCCUUUGUUCUGUCAAAAUCACAAAUGGAAAUUCUUGCCAGGAAUCCUCAGAUUGAGCAGAUUUAUGUUGAACCUUUAAUGCAUUGUCUUGAACCUGUAAUGUCUUGCUCAAUGACUAAUAAACGACAUAAACUUGUUAAAGAUGAGAUUCAAUGUUUGGCUAUAGCUAAUCCAAACAAUUUCAAGGUUAACGUUGAAUUUACGAUGAAUGUUUAUGUCAAAAACGUAAAUGAGAAUGAAUUGGAUGGUGACUUUACAAAUGAUACGGAGAUAUUGACAGAUCAACAAAAAAACAUUGAUCAGCAAGAGUCGAAAAUUAAUACAAAUUCAAAAGUAUUUGUUGAUGCCGUUAAAUCGGUUUUUUUGGUAGUAUUAAAGUUAGGAUUAUUGUAA